AUGGCCGAUAGCAGCAAUCUUGAUGCGCAGUUUGUUGAACAGUCGAACAGCUUUGCCACCAAGCUGUACCAGAAAAUAAGUGCCCAAAAUGCGGGAGAAAAUGUGGUCAUUUCCCCGUUCUCGAUCAGUGCGUGCCUUUCACUUGCCGCCAUGGGCGCUGGUGGUCUUACCGCGGAAGAAAUGUACGCCGUGCUAGCGUUCGGAACGCCGAGUCAAAAGCAAACAGUGGCCGACAACUAUCGCCGCCUGAUGACGCGCCUCGCAUCCGACAGUACGGUGAAUGUGGCGAAUAAAGUGUACGUUAUGCAGAACUACAACGUCAAGAGCACAUUCAAUGCCGUUGCCAAGGAGAGCUUCCAGUCGGAGGCGGAAGCGGUCAACUUCGCGGAGAGUGCCGUAGCCGCCAAAAAGAUAAACGGUUGGGUGGAAAGCAAAACGAACAACAAGAUAAAGGAUCUCAUUUCGCCGGAUGCGCUGGACGAGCUAACGCGGAUGGUGCUGGUCAAUGCGGUACACUUCAAGGGUACGUGGACGUACCAGUUCGAUUCGAAACUGACGCGCCCGUUCCCGUUCUGGGUGAGCGAAAAGGAAUCGCUCCAAGUACCGAUGAUGAACAUCAAGAAACACUUCGCGUACAACAACUUCGAACAGCAUAACUUUGCCGCGCUGGAACUAACGUACAGUGGCAGCGACAUGACGAUGCUGAUACUGCUUCCACACGAACGUGCGGGGCUGGCAGCACUGGAAGAAAAGCUGCCCAGUCUGAAUUUGGCCGAACUGACCACGCAAAUGCACAAGCAGGAGGUCGAAGUAUUCCUGCCCAAAUUUAAGAUCGAAUUUACGCGCGAUCUAAACGACGAUCUAAAGGCGCUCGGCAUGGGCAGGAUGUUUAGUGAUUCGGCCGAAUUUCCCGAUUUGUUGGAGCAAAACGACCCGCUCAAGGUGUCCAAAGUCGUCCACAAAGCGUUCAUCGAGGUGAAUGAGGAGGGCACGGAAGCAGCUGCGGCUACCGCAAUGCUAAUGAUGACGUGCGCCAUGAUUACACCCAUGCCCAUAACGUUUACGGCAGAUCAUCCCUUCCUGUACGCGUUGCGAGAUUCACAGCGAACCAUUCUGUUCAUGGGUAAAACUGUUCGGGUGUAA